UAUCCCUUUCUAUAAAAAUGUGUAAAAUUAAACAGUGUUCAUCAAAUCACCGAUUUGCUUUACCAGAAUCACCGAUUUGCUUUACCAGAAUCACCGAUUUCAUCACUCACCAAAUCACAGUUCCAUCAAAAUCGAAGAUGGCAGCAAGGUUGAGCCACGUAGCAUCACGGAUCAUGGGUGGUAACGGCGUCGUUUCGCGUUCCACGGCUUCAUCUCUCCGCCAGCGCUCCGGCAUGGGCCUCCCCGUCGGAAAGCACAUCGUCCCCAAUAAACCGCUUCCAGUAAACGAUGAACUUGUGUGGGAUAACGGGACUCCCUUUCCCGAACCUUGUAUUGACCGGAUUGCUGAUACUGUUGGGAAGUACGAAGCAUUGGCUUGGUUGUGCGGUGGAUUGGGAUUUUUCGCGUCUCUAGGGCUUUUAGUGGUGUGGAAUGACAAAGCUUCUACAAUACCAUUUACACCCAAGGUGUACCCCUAUGACAACUUAAGAGUGGAGCUAGGUGGAGAACCCUAGGUUGGUUGCUGCUCUUAGACGCCCGUCUCCUUUUUUCCAACCUCUUACACCGUUUGAGGUUCUAAACGGUGACCAAACAAUGUAACUGAGUCUUGCAAACGAAGCAACUAAAAUAAGCCAGAGCGGCAAUAAUAUGAUUCUGCAAGUACUUGAGUUCUUCAUUGCACUACGUGUGGUUUUUUUUUUCUUGAUUCAAGAGAUUAUGUAUGAUGAUGAUGCUCUCUUCAUCUUUUUGAGUUGGUUUGUCCUGUUUUGUUAGGUUUAGCCGUUUUGUAAGGGGUGUGGUGUGUUCGUGUGUGAAGCGAGUAUAAAUCGAAUUUGGAUUUAUGAGGAAUGAAUAAAUAUUUAUUCAAGUCA